UCCAAGUCCGCGCAGUCGAGUUCCGCGUCCCCGAGCGUUGAGUUCAGUCUUAUAAAGAGCAGCGAACAGCCAGCUACCUAUACUAUCUAUACUACAACCUACGCGCCAAGUUCAAAUCCUACUUGUUUUUUUUUUAUUUUUUCUAAGGCGCGUUGUGCUAUAGUUUUUUUUUGUGUUCCAAGUGCAAAAAACGGAAGUGUGACGGGAGCAGAAGCUAUAUAUAUACAUAUAUAUAUAUAUAUCCAUAUAUAAGGCCAAUAAAUAUUGACUGCAGGAUACCAGGAUAACAUACUUAGAGUUUGGCGGCAAGAUGACCAGCUCGAGGAACUUCCUGCUGAUGGUGCUGCUGGUGGCCAGUGCCUGCAUCGCCCAUUUGGAGGCCAAGACCGUCUUCCGGCGCACGGACAAGAUCUCGGAGAACUUCAAGCAGCUGGAUCUGCCGCCCGAGGAGAUUGACCCCAAUGGCCCCCCAGAAUCGGAACCGCCCAAGGUGGAUGCGGAUGCGGAUGCGGAUGUGGUAGAGCAGGCAGUGGUGACGCCAGCCGCUUUGGUGGACGAGAGUGCCAAUGAGAUUGCCAGCGGGGAUGUGGAUGUGGAGACACCAAAUGCAGUUGCCGCCGAGGUGGCCGCUCCCGAGGCAGCCGCUACAGCGGUGGCCACCACUCUGGCCGCUAAGCCCAAGCCCAAGCCCACCGCCGCUUCAACCACUGCCAAGCCGGAGAAUCCCAUUAGCAAGUUCUGCAAGUGCACGGAGUCGCACUGCGACUGCUGCCGCAAGUUCGGACUGCCAUUGCUGCCCAGUGGACCGGGCUGUGCCAAGAUAGCCUAUUUGGGCAAUGACGAGAUGAGCGUGUCCCUGAAGUACGGCGACAUCACCCUGGCCUCGCGUCGCAUUUCCAGCAAACGGGCCCGUCCCAUUUGCGUCGGCCUCCCCGGCGGCUACUCCAAGUUCUGCGGCAAGGUCUACGGUCUCUCCCGGUCCAAGGACUCCAAGGACUUCAAGGCCUGUCUGGCCUUCGAGCUCCGGGCCGACGACGAGGUGGAGGCCUCCCUGCGCGUCUCCUGCUUCAAGUUCGGACCCGAAGGACUCCGCGUCGCCGAGGCGGAGCCGCUGCCCGUGAAGCCCAGCUCCGAUGACGACGACGACGACGAUGAUGAUCUCUUUGGAUUCGCCGCUGGUGGUGACGAUGACGAGGAUGAUGAGGAUGACUAUGACAGCGACAACGAUGCGGAUGCGGAUGCGGAUACCGAUGACGACGACGACGCCGAGGAUUAUGCGGAUGAUGACGAGGCCGAAGCGCCCGAGGAUGCCGACUAUGGUGGCUUCAGCUUGGCGGGAUUGCUGGAUGAACUUGACGAUGACGAUGAGGAGAAGCCGGCGAAAAAGCCAGCUGCCGUGGCCGCCGUGGAUCAAACCCGCGAGCAUGUAACACCCGAUGGGCAGGGCACCACGACCUCCACAUCGAUUAACGAUCAGGUGCAGAGCAAGGACGAAUCGGGAGCUGUGGCAACUGGCGAAACCGCCGCUGCAGUUGCUCCAGUCGAAGGCGGCGAAGUGGUGGUGACCCCUACGCCCGACACCGCCACCGCCAACGAUGAUGACUCCACCACGCCCAAGUCCAAGAAGUCCAAGAAGACGAAAAAGAACAAAAAGAAGAAGUCGAGCGCCGUUGAGGCGACGGACGAGACCGGAUUCGCCUACGAGCUGCUGAACGGCAUCCUGGAUUUUUUCAACUGAGCGGCCAGCGCGAGUUUGCCAACAUGCUGGGCAACAGUGUAAAUACUUUGUACCGCCGCAGCUGGUCGGAGGAGAAAUAAAUCAAAUGAAAAGAAAACAUAUAGAGUUAAGAACUACUUAAGGGUCCCCAAAUUGACAAAUUGCACUUAUUUAUUUCCUAUUUAUUCGAACCAUUAAUUUAUUUAAAUUUAUAACGAAUAAAAGUCGAAAAUUAAAUACCCAAA